AAGGGGAGCGGUUGGCGCCUUCCACCCGGUGUGCGCUUGCGUGGAGACAAAAGCCCGCGAGGGGCGGGACUUGAAGGAGGCCCGCUCAUUUGCGUUUUUGGCGGGAGAAGUGCGAGCGAGCACGCCUCUCCUGUGCUGUCCUCAACCGCCGUUCGUCGCUGGUUUCCCUCAGCUGUGUCCCGACCAGGAGCUAUCUGGGCAGCCUGCCCCUUUGCCAACCCUCCUAGCAGUGGAAGGAAACUGAGAGCUUCGCCAGCAGCUGUAGAGCAGCAGGAGUGGCCCAUGGACCUGCCAGAGGGCGAGGCUCGUGGUCCCACUGCACAAAUGUACCUCUGGGAGCAGCCUGAGGAAGUGAAUUCUGAACCACUGCUCAGCCUAGAAGAACAAAUCCUUAACUCCACAUUCGAAGCCUGUGACCCUCACAAGACAGGCACUGUCUCUGUGGCCCACCUCCUGGCCUAUCUGGAGGCUGUGACAGGACAAGGCCCCCAGGAUGUACGCCUCCAAACACUGGCCCAAAGCUUGGACCCUUACGGGGAGGGUGCUGGAGCCACUGUGGAAUUGGACACCUUUCUGGUGGUCAUGCGGGACUGGAUUGCUGCCUGUCAGCUGCAGGGGGGAUUAGAGCAGACAGAGGAGACCGCCUUCGGGGGAGCCCUGGCUUCUCCACACCUGCCAUCUGCAUGCCCAGAAGCUGAGGAGCCAGCCAACUUAGAGAGCUUUGGAGGAGAAGACCCCAGGCCUGAGGGGCCUGCCACGGCUGAGCUGUUGAGCAGCCUGGAGGAUCUAGAGCUCAGCAACCGGCGCCUGGCUGGUGAAAACGCCAAGCUGCAGCGCAGUGUGGAGACUGCAGAGGAGAGUUCUGCCCGCCUAGGGGAGGAGAUCGCAGCCCUGCGCAGGCAGCUGCGAAGUACCCAGCAGGCCCUGCAGGUGGCCAAGGCCUUGGAUGAGGAGCUAGAGGACCUGAAGACUUUGGCCAAGAGCCUGGAAGAGCAGAAUCGGAGCCUGAUUGCCCAGGCCCGGCAUACAGAGAAGGAGCAGCAGCACUUGGUGGCUGAGGUGGAGACGCUACAGGAGGAGAAUGGGAAGCUGCUAGCAGAGCGAGAUGGAGUGAAGAGGCGGAGUGAGGAGCUGGCCACAGAGAAAGAUGCUUUGAAGCGGCAGCUCUGUGAGUGUGAACAACUCAUUUGCCAGCGUGAAGCAGUCCUCUCAGAGCGUACCCGCCAUGCAGAGAGUCUGGCCCAGACCUUGGAGGAGUACAGAGCCACCACCCAGGAACUAAGGCAAGAAAUCUCAAGCCUGGAGGAGCAGUUGAGUCAGAGCCAGGAGCACCCGGAGGAGCUGCUGGAAGGAGCUGAGGCAAGAAGAGUGCACUGGGUCAUGGCACUGCCUCCAACACUAGACUUGGAGAUCCAGGCUAUCCGGCAGGAGCAGGACACAACAGGUACUGGCCUCUCCAGUCCUCUUUGUGGAGUGUGGCAGUGGGAGGAAGCUAAGGCUGAGCCGCAUGAGGAGGCUGAAGACCCUGCUAGAGAACAGAGAAACUUGCAGAGAGAGGCAGUACAUGCUCUAGAAGGAAGCCGAACACUGCCCUGGAGGUUGUCCAGAAGACAGGAAGAAGAGGAAGAAGAUGAGAGCUGGGUCCAGGCUGACCCCUCCAGCCCUCUGGGAACCCCUCACCAUGAACUUGGUCCAGGAAGCUUUUCUGAGAGUUGCCAAGUCAUGCCAGAGGUGCAACAAGCCCUCGUGCCUGUGGUGAGAGAAUUGGUGCCUGUUGAGAGGUCCCACACCCACCACUGUCUGCGCCCCCAGUACUCCCCGGGGAUCAGAAUCAGCCAGUACCCACUGGUCCCCACACCCAUGUUGGGCCUGCUGCUGCUGCUGCUGCUCUCCAUCCUGCUGCUUAGCCAGUCCCCAACGCCCACCUGGCCGCACCUGCAGCUCUAUUACCUACAGCCUCCACCAGUGUGAGGCACCUUCCCAGCAGACAGCCUACCCUGUGCCGCCACUGUACCUUCUGCUGUCACUGACUCAGGGCGCGGGAGGCCACAUCCCCAAGUUGUUUUAUGUGACCAUAACCUCUUCUGGCCUUCUCCUGUUUCUAAACAAUAGCGA